AUGGUUUCAGGUGUAUCCAAGGUGGUCCCAGGUGUGUUCAGGGUGCUCACAGAUGUAUCCAAGGUGGUCACAGGUCAGUCCUACGAGAUCCGGAUGUUGGACAACAGGAAACUGGGGGAGCUGCCGGAGAUCAACGGGAAGCUGGUCAAGAGCAUCUUCCGGGUGGUUUUCCACGACCGGCGGCUCCAGUACACGGAGCACCAGCAGCUGGAGGGCUGGAGGUGGAACAGGCCCGGGGACAGGAUCCUGGACAUCGAUAUCCCGAUGUCCGUGGGGAUCAUCGACCCCCGCGCCAACCCCACCCAGCUCAACACCGUGGAGUUCCUGUGGGACCCCGCCAAGAGGACCUCGGUCUUCAUCCAGGUGCACUGCAUCAGCACGGAGUUCACGCUGCGCAAGCACGGGGGCGAGAAGGGGGUCCCGUUCCGCGUGCAGAUCGACACCUUCCGCGAGAGCGACAGCGGCGACUACACCGAGCACCUGCACUCGGCCAGCUGCCAGAUCAAGGUGUUCAAGCCCAAAGGCGCCGACCGGAAGCAGAAGACGGACCGGGAGAAGAUGGAGAAGAGAACGCCCCACGAGAAGGAGAAAUACCAGCCCUCCUACGAGACCACCAUCCUGACCGAGUGCUCCCCCUGGCCAGAGGUCUCGUACGUCCCCACCGCGCCGUCCCCGGGGUUCAACAGCAGCUCCCACAGCGGCUUCUCCCUGGGGGAUGGGCUGGUGAGGCCCCGCCUGACCAUCUACGUGUGUCAGGAGUCGCAGCAGGUGAGGGACCCCCAGCACGAGCCCGACGAGGGUGACGGCAGCGCCGGGACCUUCUUUGUGUACCACGCGGUGUACCUGGAGGAGCUGACGGCGGCCGAGCUCUCCGAGAAGCUGGCGCAGCUGUUCCGCGUCUCCGCCCACCAGAUCCAGCAGAUCUACAAACAGGGACCCACCGGCAUCCACGUCCUGGUCAGCAACGAGAUGAUCCAGAACUUCCCGGACGAGUCCUGCUUCGUGCUGGACACCAUGAAAGCCGAAAGCAGCGACAGCUACCACGUCAUCCUCAAAUAGGGGCACCUGGAACACCUGGGACAGCUGGAGAACAUGGAGAACAUGGAACAGCUGGAGAACUUGGGACACCUGGAGAGCAUGGAACA